UGCAAAAAUAGGGUUCCCAAUCCACCUUCCUUAUAUUUUCUAUUCUCUCCCACAGUACACCUGCCUGCCUCUCUUCCUCCCCGGUACCAAACCCAAACCCAACCCCUCCCCCUCGCCCUCCCCCUCCCCCUCUGGCAUUGCUGUCCGGGAGGUCGAUUCGGGUUCCUAGGGUUCGGGGAACCUCCGCGGUGAAGUUCCUGCGGCCGGAUCUGCGGUUCUUGGAUGCCCUAGCGGGAUCUCGCUUGCCGUGGCGAUGGAAGAUUAUACAUCAAGCAAUGGCCAUCGUUUUAAAAGGAUACCACGCCCACUGUUUGCUGCUAAUCCAGAGCUGGAACCUUUGAUAAAUGAAAACAUGGACCAGUGGCCACAUUUGAAUGAGUUGGUACAGUGCUAUAAGGCUGAUUGGGUGGUGGAUGAAAACAAGUAUGGACAUUAUGAAGGCAUUGGAACACCAUCUUUUCAAAGUCAGAUCUUUGAAGGGCCUGAUACAGAUAUAGAAACUGAAAUACGUCUUGCUAGUGCAAGGCUUUCUAAGACUGAAGAUGCUACAGAUGAUGAUGUUCCCAGUACGUCAGGCAGGCAACUACCUGAAACUGGCUUAUAUAAGUCAUCCUCCAAAACCCAAGACAUGCAUUUUGGUGAGUCUCCACUGCCGGCAUAUGAGCCAGCUUUUGACUGGGAAAAUGAAAGGUCACUGAUUUUUGGUCAAAGAACUCCUGAAACUCUUCCAACACAUAGCAGUGGAUUGAAGAUAACUGUGAAGGUGUUGUCAUUGUCAUUUCAAGCUGGAUUGGUUGAGCCUUUCUAUGGAACAAUUUGCUUAUAUAACAGAGAUAGGAGAGAAAAGUUGUCGGAGGACUUCCACUUUUGUGUUUUACCUACCGAAGGGCAGGAUGUUAAUGCUUCUUUGAUACGUCGGGCUGUUUUCUCCUUAGAUGCUCCAUCAGCAUCUGUUUGCCUUCUCAUCCAACUUGAGAAACCUGCUACAGAGGAAGGGGGGGUUACAGCAUCUGUUUAUUCUCGCAAGGAACCUGUUCACAUGGCAGAAAGAGAAAAGCAGAAGCUCCAAGUUUGGUCUCGUAUCAUGCCUUACAGACAAUCGUUUGCAUGGACCAUUGUUCCACUGUUUGAAAACAACAAUGUUGCUGCUGCUGGUGGUGCUGCCUCUCCUAGUAGUCCUCUUGCUCCCAGUGUAUCUGGGUCAAGCUCUCAAGAUAGUGUUGCAGAGCAUGUUUCAAAAAUGACUUUGGAUGGCAAAUUGCCCCACUAUUCAAGUGGGAGCUCAGUUAUUGUAGAGAUAUCAAACAUAAAUAAGGUUAAAGAGAGCUAUACAGAGGAUUUAUUUCAGGACCCUAAGAGAAAGGUACAUAAGCCUGUGAAAGGUGUAUUGAGAUUGGAGGUUGAAAAGCUUCAUGCAAACUCUGUUGAUAUUGAUAAUAUCUCUGAAGGAGGAAGUAUGAUUAUUGACUCAAAUGAGGCUGAAACUUCUUUUGGAAAGCAUCACGUCAAUGGUCUGGAUGGAUCUAGGAGUAGUCAUUCGAAGUUCAUUGGCAUUGACCGGAAAGACAUUCGUGUUAAUGCUUUAACACCGGUGGGAGAAGAUCAUCCUGACUCUUCUGGUGAUGAUUUUCAAGCUUUUGAUUUUCGGAUGAUGACUAGAAAUGAACCAUUCUCGCAACUUUUCCAUUGUCUACACGUGUAUCCCUUGACUGUUAACUUGAGCCGCAAAAGAAAUUUGUUUAUAAAAGUCGAGAUGAGAAAGGAUGAUGCUGACAUACGAAAGCAGCCAUUAGAGGCUGUGUAUCCCAACGACUUAGGUCCAACUCUUCAAAAAUGUGCUCAUACACAAAUUGCAGUUGGUGCUAGGAUGGCCUGUUAUCAUGAUGAGAUAAAAAUUUGUCUCCCUGCUCUUUUGACAACCCAGCAUCAUCUUCUGUUCACUUUUUUUCAUGUUGAUCUUCAAACAAAACUUGAAGCUCCCAAGCCUGUAAUUAUUGGAUAUGCUGUACUUCCAUUGUCCACACACAUUCAGCUGUUGUCUGAUGUAUCUUUACCUAUUUUGAGAGAGCUAGUUCCUCAUUAUCUCCAAGAUAGUAGCAAGGAGAGACUGGACUUUCUAGAGGAUGGGAAAAAUGUCUUCAGAUUACGUUUAAGGCUGUGCUCCUCUUUGAUUCCCGUCAAUGAACGAAUUCGUGACUUUUUUCUCGAGUAUGAUCGGCAUAAUCUUCGGACAAGUCCACCUUGGGGAUCUGAGCUUCUUGAGGCGAUUAACAGCUUGAAGAAUGUUGAGUCUACCGCCUUACUGCAGUUUCUCCAACCAAUACUCAACUUGCUCCUUCAUCUUAUUGGUGAUGGCGGGGAAACCCUGCAGGUUGCAGCAUUUCGGGCUAUGGUCAAUAUUUUGACCAGGGUACAACAAGAGUCAUCUGAUGGGGCUGACAGAAAUCGUUUUCUAGUUAAAUAUGUUGACUAUGCUUUUGAUGACUUUGGCGGUAGGCAAGCACCUGUAUACCCUGGUUUAUCUACAGUGUGGGGCAGCUUGGCACGUAGUAAGGAUUUGAAUUAUUAAUGCUGGAUCUUAUGA